AUGCAUCACAGAUCUUGUCUAUGGCGCAUUUUAGUGCUACUAUUAAGUUUGCAACAAGUAUAUGCAGACUGGCCAUCUGGAGGUGGGUUUGAUAGUAGUCAAUCGAUAGGAUCUCAACAAGAUAUACCGUCCUCUAAUCCAAAUGGUGGUAGUUCAAGUUCACCAAAUGCGAAUGGGGCUUCUUCGGCUGGUUCCGCUUCCCCAUCAACGACGCCUUUUCUAGAAUCCUCAGAUUCAAAUAGUGGAAGGCCGACUGCUGCGAAUUCAUCACCUUCACAGGCUGUAACUUCGAACUCUGGUAAUCCUAACGACGCUAAUACACAAGGACAAGAAUUAAGUUCAUCACAACCUACUAGUGGCAGUUCAGCUCAAAGCCAACAAUCAUCUGUAUCCAGUUAUCCAUCCGCUGCUUUAACUUCGAAUUAUCAACCCUCAAUCUCAUCCUCAGCACCUGGAACUUCUAUUUCACAAACUCCUUCUACCUCUCAAGGGCUGGCCUCUAGUAUAGAGGCUCUUACAUCUGGUUCACAGGCACCAGAUUCAAGCUCCCAAACUCAAAUUUCUAAUGCCUACUCACAGGGAACUACUACUUCUGGAUUUCAAUCUAGUCCGCAAACUCCCUCGAGCUCACAAGGACCGACUCUAAGUUCACAAGGACCAGCUUCAAGCUCGGAAACGUCUCCCUCCAGUUCACAAGAACCAGCUUCUAGCUCACAGGGGUUGCCUUCAAGCUCGCAGGCCCCUACUUUUAGCUCACAGGGAUCAACUUCAAGCACACAAGGGUCUACUCCAAGUUCAGAAGCGUCUCCUUCCGGCUCACAAGAACCGGCUUCUAGCUCGCAGGCCCCUACGUCUAGCUCACAGGGAUUGCCUUCAAGCUCUCAAGUUCCAACUCCAAGCUCAGAGGCACCCUUUUCAAGCUCUCAAGUUCCAACUCCAAGCUCAGUGGCACCUUCUUCAAGCUCGCAGGCCCCUACUUCCAGCUCACAGGGACCAACUUCAAGCUCAGAGGCACCCUUUUCAAGCUCUCAAGUUCCAACUCCAAGCUCAGAAACGCCCUCUUCAAGCUCUCAAGUUCCAACUCCAAGCUCAGCGGCACCCUCUUCAAGCUCAGAAGCAUCUCCUUCCAGUUCACAAGAACCAGCUUCUAACUCGCAGGCCCCUACGUCUAGCUCACAAGGAUUAACUUCAAGUUUCGAAGGUUUAUCAUCCAGUUCACAAGGGGUUUCAUCAAGCUCUCAGGAACCAUCUAGUUCCCAAAGCACAUCGUCAAGCUCGCAGACGCCUUACUCAAGUUCUCAGGCUCCUACAUCAGACUCGCAAGCUCCUGCUUCUAGCUCUGUUUCACAACCUGCUCUCUCAGUGUCUCAACCAUCGAGUUCUUCUGCACAGUUAGCGGCGGCCUCUACCCCAAGCAGUUCAAGUACAAGUUUGUCGAUCUCAAGCUCCCAAGCCGCUAGCUCAAGCUCUCCUGUUCCAAGCACCAGUUUUGAAGCAUCAAACUCAAAUUCUGAAGUGCCAAGCACCAGCUCUGAAGUACCAAGUUCAAACUCUGAGGCGCCAAGCACUAGCUCUGAAGCACCAAGCUCAAGUUAUCAGGCACCAAGCACCAGCUCUGAAGUACCAAGUUCAAAUUCUGAGGUACCAAGUGCCAGCUCUGAAUCAUCGAGCUCAAAUUCUGAAGUGCCAAGCACCAGCUCUGAAGCACCAAGCUCAAGUUAUCAAGCACCAAGCACUAGCUCUGAGCCACCAAGCUCAAGUUAUCAGGCACCAAGCACUAGCUCUGAGCCGCCAAGCUCAAGUUAUCAGGCACCAAGCACUAGCUCUGAGCCGCCAAGCCCCAGCUCUGACGUACCAACUUCUAGUUAUCAAGUACCAAGCUCCAGCUCCAGCUCCGAAGUAGCAAGUUCAAAUUCUGAAGUACCGAGCUCCAGCUAUCAAGUACCAGGGUCAAGUUCUAAAGUACCAAGCUCCAGCUAUCAAGUACCAAGCUCCAGCUAUCAAGUACCAAGCUCCAGCUCUGAAAUUCAAAGCUUGAGUUCUCAAGAACCUUCUAGUUUAACAUCGCAACUGUCCAGUUCUGGCUCUACAUUCAAUGGGCUAACCUCCCAAACAGGAAGCUCUUCGAGCUCCAGUUCGUAUGUGGUUCCAUCUAGUUCCAGUUCAUAUGAGGUUCCAUCCAGUUCUAGUUCAUAUGUGAUUCCAUCCAGUUCUAGUUCAUAUGUGAUUCCAUCUAGUUCCAGUUCAUAUGUGGUUCCAUCUAGUUCUAGUUCGUAUGUGGUUCCCUCCAGUUCUAGUUCAUAUGUGAUUCCAUCUAGUUCCAGUUCAUAUGUGGUUCCAUCCAGUUCUAGUUCAUAUGUGAUUCCCUCCAGUUCUAGUUCAUAUGUGGUUCCAUCCAGUUCUAGUUCAUAUGUGGUUCCAUCUAGUUCUAGUUCGUAUGUGGUUCCCUCCAGUUCUAGUUCAUAUGUGAUUCCAUCUAGUUCCAGUUCAUAUGUGGUUCCAUCCAGUUCUAGUUCAUAUGUGAUUCCCUCCAGUUCUAGUUCAUAUGUGGUUCCAUCCAGUUCCAGUUCAUAUGUGGUUCCAUCCAGUUCUAGUUCGUAUGUGGUUCCAUCCAGUUCUAGUUCAUAUGUGAUUCCAUCCAGUUCUAGUUCAUAUGUGAUUCCAUCCAGUUCUAGUUCAUAUGUGAUUCCCUCCAGUUCUAGUUCAUAUGUGGUUCCAUCCAGUUCUAGUUCGUAUGUGGUUCCAUCCAGUUCUAGUUCAUAUGUGAUUCCAUCCAGUUCUAGUUCAUAUGUGAUUCCAUCCAGUUCUAGUUCAUAUGUGCCAACGACUUCAAGUUCAUACUUAAUUCCAACUAGUUCUAGUGCUAAUGUGUUAACAAUGCCUAGUUCGGACGUUGUCUCAUUGAGCUCGAGCAGUAUUGGUUACUACUCUGGUUCUUCAAGCUCAAGCUCUUCUAUCCCUCCACCAACUUCGAGCACUAGCAGCUAUGUGGACCCCACGGUCUCAAGUUCAUCAUUAGCUCAAGUCCCAACAGGUACAAGUAGCUAUACCUAUAGCUCAAUUCCUUCGACUUCUUCCCAAAGCACAAUUCAAUCACAAUCAAGUAGUUCACCGGUGUACACCGUUCCAGCCUCGACAUUUAGUUCCCCACAAACAGGUUCUACGUCGAGCUCAUUAACUACUGGAAUUGCGUCAUCGAAUACUUCCCCAGAGACAUCUUCGGCUCAACCUACGAGCUUGUUGACUCAAACUCCCUUGCCUGCUUCCUCCCAGACUUCCUCAGUUGCUACAGGAGGCUUCUCAAGCAGUGCUGCUUUAUCUCAAGCGGUGUCCACACCUUCUGUCAUCCCAUCUACGGCAACUACCCAGUCAACGUCUCAUAGACACGGUUAUUCUAUGACGCAGUCAUACUGGCCUGUAUCGGGACCAACAACUACUUUGGCACCCUCUAGCAGCACGACGAAUGAUAACUGGUGGGUGCCAACUAAAAUUAUCACUCAACCAGCUCCUAACACCACUGCCUCCAGCACUUCUUCCCAAGCUACCGCCACAUUGCCUCAGGCAAUUGCAGCUGCAACUCAACAAGUAAGACCUAAAGGCUAUUCUUUACUAACUAUCGGUUUCAAGAGCGCUUUGAAUUACAACUUUUUGAUAUCCAGUCCGCUAUCCUCUGCUCAGAUCUUUGCUUUUCUACCCUCCAUUUUAAACGAUCCAUUUCAGAACCAAUUUAAUAAUGUUUCCAUUUACCAGAUCGUCCCUCUAAAAUCUGAGUCUUUGGAUUACUUGGCUACAGUAGCCGAAGUUUAUUUCCCAACUAAACACAUUUCUGAUUUAAACUCUUUGAUCACCAACAACGCAAGUUCUUUAUAUACGGAUGCCCAUGGAUCAGCUAAGUACCUCGCUGAAUUAAUUGAUCCUACCAUUCCAUUGACCGGUUUGGUUCCCACAGGUGACAAGUCUCAAGGGUUCGGAUCAGAUUCUAAUUAUGAUUCCGCAUCUUUUGACGGCGAUAAUGGUGGUUCAGCUUAUGAAGGUGCUCUCGGAUCUAGUGGAAAAUUUACAAGCUCUAGUCAUGGCCAUGGAAGUUCUGGUGGUAAAACUGCUGGUCUAGUUGUCGGUGUAGUGGUAGGUGGUUGUACCUAUCUGGCAGCGAUGAUUCUAUUGGUAAGAUACUUUGUCAAGAGGCAAAUAAAGCGAAGUAUCCUCAAAGACCCUGAGAACUGCAGUAUUGAUUCUAGUGAUUCCAAUUUGGAUUUAUCGCAUCUUGAGAAGAGAAACAAUAGUUUCAAUGACCAGGAGUCAGUGUCACCUUCAAUGAAAAUUCAUAACUGGAUGAAUCAAAGUCAUAAUGACAAUAUGGCUGGUUCCGACGUUCGACUGGCCAAUGAUGGCAGAAGAUUUCAAGUUCCUAAGAUUUCCAGACCAAUAGCAACUCAAAACUCUUUGGGUUGGAAUGAAGUUUGA